AUGGCGUCGACGGGCCUUCAAGUGAAACGCUCUGCGUCUCACCUCGAGGCGUCUGAAAGCAAACGCCCAAAACAACAUUACCAUCACCAUCACCGCCUGCAGGAACCUGUUAACCUGCCACCUUCGUCCGAGCCAGCUCUACAAGAUGAGGCCCACUUCGACCACCUAAUGAACCGUUCAAUCGGCCACAUCCUCAAAGACGCUGGAUUUGACAUAGCAGAUCCCGCUGCGCUAUCUGGCUUGCGCAGCGCUGCGGAAACAUAUUUGACUCGUAUCUCCACAUAUGUUCGCCAGUCAAUGAUGGCGUCUCGUCGGAUCAGUCCCAUUCCUCCCGACUUCGAACACGCCCUGAGCCGCGUCAACCUGUCUCCCGAUGAUCUCCGUCCAUAUCUCACAUCACCGAAAACUUUUGUCCCCAUCCCGACCUUCCUCCCAUCACCUCCACCAGAAGACGAACUGAAGCUGAAACUUCCAUUUUUGAACGCGUUGCGCGGAGAGGAGACGGUAACAAACCGCUCCUAUAUCCCGAAACACUUCCCCGAUUUCCCAAGCAAGCACACCUACUCCGCCACUGCGGUAUUCACUGAGCGAGACAGCGACCCGCGGAAGAUCCGUGAACGCGCCGCCGAAGACGGCCGUCAUGGGGAAGAAGCAUUACGCAAGCUGGCUAGUGCCGCGUUCCGCGAUAACCCGACUAGCUCAAGUGGGAAAGAUAAGAAGCUCUGGGGCCGGCGGCUUGAGAGCAUGGAAACUAUGUUUGAGAAGACAGUAAAGGGUCUGGCGAAGAAACUACAAAAGGACCACAAGGAUCCCGCAGCGCCUAUGCUCGGUUCUGCUAUGGAUAUCGACUCAGGUAAACCGAGCGAUGGCGACGGCAAAGCUCGCUCGGCUUCCUGGCAUUUUGAGAUGGGACCUAUCGUCAACUGUGAGCGGGAUUCAUGGCGGCGUCCGGCGACGGGUUCGCGAGGGAAAGAGAAUAAGUCAUCAAAGCCGCCUGUCAGUGCUGAGCCAAUGGAUGUUAUGGGCACCUGA